GAUCUCUCCAAACGCAGUCACACUACCUGUAGUUAAUUGUAUAUUUUUGUUUAUAUUGUAUAUAUUAUUUAUUAACUAUGUUUAAGCUAGCUUUUAAGCAAUACAAGGCGAAAAGCAGUAGUCCCGACUUAACAGAGGUGAUUAAUGUUGAUGAUAUUGAAGCUAGGCAAAACGAUCCGCUGCAAAAAGAUAAUAAUGUUCAACGUUUAGAUAUCAGCAAUGUAAGAAAUAUUCAGAUGAUGCCAGGCAUUAAAUCGCCAAGUGACUGGCGAUCUUAUGCACUUACUCAUCAUCCUGGUAUUAUUAUUAUCCGGAACCCAUUUACAGAGCGUGGCCGGCGUUAUUGGAUUGCUCGAUGUCUACGGGACUAUCCGCGGAGACCAAAUAUUGUCAACUUAAAUGAAAGACUCUUCGAAGAUUCUGUAAGAUCGGACUGGUGGAAACAGCUUAAUCUGUGCAGCGAUGGGGAAGAAUUCCAACGGAUAAAAUCGGCGAUGCGUUGGACCACAUUUGGAUAUCAUCACAACUGGGACACAAAGCUCUACGAUGAGCAGAUGCAGUCACAGUUCCCAGAAGAUUUAAGCAAUCUGUGUCGAUUGUUUGCGUCCACUUUAGGAUACAGUGAUUUUAAGCCGGAAGCUGCAAUAGUAAAUUAUUAUCCAGUUGGAAGUACUUUAUCGGGCCAUACGGAUCACUCCGAGCCCAAUAAAUCCGCCCCAUUAUUUUCAUUUAGUUUUGGUCAGACCGCAAUAUUUUUAAUCGGAGGAAGAACUUUGGAAGAAAAACCCUCCGCAGUUUAUCUUCGGUGUGGAGACGUUAUGAUUAUGUCCCAAGAGUCACGACUAUGUUAUCACGCUGUUCCCCGCAUUAUGAGAACCCAGACCCCUUGGUCUUCUACCCUGACAAAUGAAAAUGCCGAUGACGCUGAUAUUGGAUCACAUCUGUUGGAUAUGGACUUAUUUCAAAAUGUAGGGGAACCGAAUUUUUGGAUUCCUUUUUCGAAUUAUAUUGGCGACUCUCGUAUUAAUAUUAAUGUACGUCAAGUGCUAAACCCAGGAGAUUCAAAUUUAGGAACACUUUGAGCGAACUGAUUUUUAUUUCUCAAGUGAGUUUUAGUUAUUUCAUAACUUUAAGUAAACUGUUUAUAUUCAGGUAAUUUUUUACGUACAUUAAUAAAAAUUUUAACCGAA